AUGCAGUGUGAUCUCCAUGGGCAGAUGUGUCCUGGCCUGAGCGUCGUCGUCUCGAGGACGCGCCCCUACCGCACGAGCGUGCCUACAGUGCCAUCUCCACGCGCAGAUGUGUCUCCGUCUGAGCGCCACCGCCUCGAGGAUGUGCCCCGGUCGAGCGUCACCGCCACGUGGAUGCACCCUUGGCCGUGCGAGCGUGCCUGUAGUGCCAUCUCCACACCUCGGAUUGGAUGCUUGCUACUCAUCUGUCUCGUGCCUUUCUUGCAUAAUGCUGCGACUAUCCGCUUCGUGAUCGACCGGGCGGAGUGCUUCUCCCACCACGUUGAGUACCAAGGGGAUAUGGUCCACGCAUCCUUCGUUGUCAUCAAGGCCGAGACGCCGUGGCAUUAUACCCAGGAUGGCGUCGAUCUUGUGGUUAAAGAUCCUAGAGGUGAUCAAAUCCAUGAUUGUUGUGACAAGACUAGUGACAAGUUUGAAUUCAUAGUUCACAAGAGGGCAGUCCAUCACUUUUGCUUCACUAAUAAGUCACCGUAUCAUGAAACUGUGGACUUCGAUGUGCAUGUUGGCCAUUUAUCAUAUUCUGACCAACAUGCUAAAGAUGAGCAUUUUAGCCCUUUAUUCGAACAAAUCGCGAAGUUGGAUGAAGCCCUCUAUAACAUUCAAUUCGAACAACAUUGGCUUGAGGCCCAAACAGACCGCGAAGCAAUAUUAAACGAUAACAUGAGCAGGAGGAUAGUUCACAAGGCACUCUUUGAAUCAGCUGGCCUUGUUGCAGCCAGCGUUGUGCAGAUCUACCUCAUGCGCCGCCUCUUUGAGCGUAAGCAGGGGAGUUGUAGGGUCUAA